AUGCAGCAGAACAAGCGCCUCAGAGAAUGGAAGGAGCUGGCUGCGUUUGAGAGAAAGCGCCACUCCUCACUAGAGAGGGCUUCUGAAGUGGCGGCACAGACAGCAGAGGAACGGCAGCCUCAGAGGGAUCUGCUGAAGGAAGCGGUUCCUCUGGCUGUGCCAAAGGUUUGCCGGCGGCAGCGGCCAGCCCACAGGGGCCUGGAGAAGGUGCUCCAGGAGUUCUCUCGCCAAGGGCACACCCUGUCCCAGGUGUGCAGAGAGAAGGCGGUGCUGGCGCAAGAGAACGCUGCCCUGGAAGCCCGACUGGCAGCCACGGAGCGGGACCUACGAGGCCUUUCAGAGCAGCUGGCAGAGGCCAGGUCGGAGAAGGAGAGCCUGCAAAGCAGCCUGCUGGAGGCUCAGCAGCGCAUAUCGGAGCUGGAGAUGGCCAGGAGCCGUGUGGAAGCCCAAGUGCGCACGGCCACGCAGGCCAAGGAGGCGAUACUGGAGGACGUGAGGGGCCUUCGUCGUGAGCUGCUGGCUGUAAGAGCUCUCAGCCAGCAGCAAUGUGAAGACAUGGCUGAGCAGCUCCGCUGGGCAGAAGAGCAGUGCGGCAAGGCUCUGAGACUCUGGCAAUCUGCUCAGGAAGAGGAGAAAAGGAAGCUGGUGCAAGAACUGCAGAGACAAGUGGACCAACAACAUGUGAAGGCUCGGGAGCAGCUGGAGGAACGGGCUAACUUCCUGGCACAGCUCCUGCAGGAAGAGCAGCGUCAGAAGGCUGCUCUGUUAGCCAGGGUGUGCCAGCUGCAGAGAGAGCUGAGCCAAAAGGAGCAGCUGAGGCAGGAGCUGACUGAGGAGCGGGAGAAUGGGCAGUCCUCAGAAGAGGGUGAAGUGUAA